AUGGCUGACCCGACGCCGUCGCAGUCGCCGGCGCAGACGCCGCCCCCACCACCGGCGCAGCAGGCUCCCGCGGCGGGCGGACGCGAGGACAUGCUGGCGUGCGUGGCGGCGCUGGAGGCCGCGCUGCUGCCGUGUCUCCCCGCGCGCGAGCUCCAGGCCGUCGACCGCUCCCUCCAGUCCUCCCACCAGAUUGAUGUUGAGAGGCACGCCAGGGAUUUCAUGGAAGCUGCCAAGAAGCUCCAGUCUUAUUUCAUCAGCCUGCAGCGUGAGGAUCAGCCAACUCCAGAAGAGAUGCUUCGGAAGGAGAUUACGACAAUGGAGGAAGAACUGAAGACCAAGUCUGAGCUUAUUGCCAAGCACGAGAAGUUGAUUGAAGGGUGGCGAAAAGAACUGAAGGAGCAGCUGGGCAAGCACAUCACCGAGCUUGAAAGGGUGUGA